AUGAGUGAGAAAAUUGGCAGGCAAGGGUCUACUCCCAUUGAGGGAUUCGAGGAUUCUCCAUUAUCUACCGAGAUCUUCGACGCUGGACAAUCAAGUGUGUUUCAGUCCGUCGUACCAGAGCCUAUUUUCGUCACAAGAGAACAAUCUGACGGCGUGAUAGCCAAGAGUGGGUUGAGUGCAUUGCAGCAUACGAUAUCUAGCUUAAAUGUUUUCCAGCAUCUUCCACGCGAAUCUGCACAAGGUAUCGACGAUUUGAGUCGGAUGAAAAUGGCACUACUAAGCGGGCUGCCAGACGAGGUUCAAUGGGCACUUAAAAAAUACUUGGCGUAUAGCAACAAGGCGCCCUACAUGAUUAGUUUCAAAGAAAACAAGAACCUAUUACCACUUUUUAGCAGGUUUAUUAUUGCUACUCUUCCGCUUUUGCACCGAUUUGACAUGCCCUUAGACGCUACAAAGGACCUUCCCACCCUGCAAAAGGGUAUGAAUACGGUGCUCAUCUUGAGAAACAUGGCUCAAGAUUCUGAAUCUACUCAGAUUCUUGCGACCAAUGUUGCUGUCAAGGAGUUUAUUCUUGCAGUUUUGGAGAUUUUCAACGCCAUUAAUAGCUCCACAUUUUCUCUUUAUCAAAACAAUGCACCAUUUUUUAAUGAAUUAGUGCAUUACGUGAUAGAUCUGAUGGAAGCCAUAUCUUCUUAUAUUGCUCCGGCAAAGAAAGAUGACCCCUACUUUCAAAAUCUAGUGUCUAUUUUAAUGUACACUAAUGACAGAUACAUGGUUAUCUCCAUAUUAAGGUCCUUAUCGAGACUUCUUGUGCGCUCCAAGGCAGACGAGGAAAGUGCUGCUGACAAUUUGCAUGAUAAGGUUCUAGAUCAGAUCUGUUCUUAUUUACUUGUUGAUUGGGAUAGUGAGCUCAUCAUGGCUUCUUUGGAUUUCCUUUAUCAAUAUAUUCUCCCUGGUAACGAACGUAUUGCAAUUCUCAUGAAAACUCCACAAAGGUACAGUGUUCUUUCAGGUGUUCUUCCCAAGCUUUUGACGUAUAAUGUCAAAAUGCCUGACUAUGAGUCGUUCAAUAAAACUGAAAUAAAACUUGCCAGAAGAGUUAUGCCUCCGGCCCCUACUGAACCACCAAAACUGGAAGGGGAUCUAUUCCGCCAAGUUUUAGAAUUAAAUGAACCCAUGAGGUCUACUGCCUGGUUACGAUGUUGUUUUGAGCCUGUUAAGGAUGCAGAAGUAACACAGAUCAGUCUCUGGAGGGGAUAUGAGUCGGAAUUCUCGCAGGCCGUGAAAGAAUCCGGUAGAAAGCUACUUCCUGCUGUGGAAUUCAUCAAAAAUGUUUCCAAUGCUUUCAAGAAUGCAUCGGCGAUGGUUAUUACCGAUCAGGCUUCUGGUAAGAAAAGAUUUGUUAUUAAGGGAAUUCAACCGAGACCAAAAGAGGUAAGCAUAGCCGAAGGUGACGCUACAGCUGCCAACCCGGAAGAAAAAAGCUUGACAUCAUACGAGAGCGAAAUUAGUGAGUCUAAAGAAGCCACACAAAUACCACUACCCGAACUCAAAUUCCCAACGAAGCUUUCUGAUGUUUCUAAAGCUAGUGCAAUUUUUCUGUGUCUAGUAUCGAAUGAUUCGGAGGGAAUAGGCUUUAAAUUUUGCAAAAGUGUCAAGCCCAUCAUCAUGCACACCCUUGCUGAUGUUCCUCCUUUAAAUCCUGCACUUUCUGAAUACAUGGAUAAUGUUCCCGUCGCUUAA